ACCUCGACGAUGACGCAUUACACAUAAUGUGAAAUUGUACGCGUAGUGGCCACUGCGAUCGGCCGGACAUCGUCACAAACCAAACGGCUGCCGUACAGUCCGGUCAUCGGUGCCGUCGCCGCGGGUCGCCGUCCGUCUGUUGUCGCACGUUUAUCGCAUAUACUUACCGCGUUGUCGUCGCACUUAUAAUAUACAUACAUAGCGAGCGGAGCGUAUAUCUUCCAGCGUCGUCGAGUCUGCCGUCGCGCGCCGUUUGGAUUUUCCGAUUUCCCGACGCGACGAGUCCGCUUCGAAUUUCGUUUCACAGUUCGCGUCCGUUUUUUUCCCCCUUCGUCCCCUCGACCGGAAGUACAGCGGAUCGUCGUAAUAAUUGUAAUUGUAAUAUUAAAAUAUAUUAUACAUUUGUAUUGUUUUCGACGUGAGCCGCAGUAAACGCCCACCGCAGACAUCAUGAGACCGCCGAUCGAAGAGGAAAUCGAAGCCGCCGAGGUGGAGGUGGACGACGGCCAGCAGACCGCGGUCAUGUUGGUGUCCACCAGACUGGCGGGGAACGCGGUCAUCCGAGUGGUUAACCGGUGCAACGAGGCGCAGGAGAGCCACAACCUGGAUUUGUCCGAAUGUCAGCUGAUGCAGAUCCCCGACGCGAUUUACCUACUCAUGCAAAACACGCAACUGGUCACGUGCGAUCUGUCGAACAAUGUGAUUUCAAAACUACCGGUGAAGUUUACCGAACGAUUUCCGACCAUCACAGAACUAAACUUGUCUCACAAUCAAAUCAGUAAGCUGCCGGAUCAACUGUCAGAAAUGAAGAACCUUAAAAAGUUGAACAUUUCAUACAACUCAUUUGUAGAGUUACCAGAACCGAUUGCUCAUUUAGGAGAACUAACUACUUUGAUAGCUAACAAUAAUUUUAUUAUUGAUGUAAAUGUUAGGACAUUGGAAUCAUGUUUGAAGCAUUUGAAAGAAGUUGAUCUCAAGGAUAAUCCACUUAAUACUUCGACGGUGGACGCGCUGGAACAAGAAUUGCCUUUCAGGGUGAUGUUUACACCCCCGACCGACGAAGACUGGAGAGAUUUAGACAAUUGAUUAACAAACAAAACAUUUGACAAUACAGAAAUAUAUUUUUUAAUUAGCUAAUAAAAUGUUUUUAUUCAUUUUUAUCAUUUUUUUUUUCUUAUCAUUAUUUUUUGUAUAUAGUUUUCAGUGGCUUGUUCGCUCCAAAAUAACAAUUCAAAAUAAUUAUUACAUAAAAUAAAUUGGGUCCCUACCCACAUAUCACUGCA